CAGCCUAAAAACCAACCAAAAGUUUUUCCUAUUCAUUUCCACACCUGGCCUUGUGCAGGCAGACAAUACAGGCUGAUCUGUAUUGUACAUAACUUUCUUUCACUCAUUCACGCUGUAUGCUCAAGAGUUAUGCUUGUGCCUGUACAUGAGCCAGCUCAGGAAUAGGGGCAGCUACGAGCAUCCUGUUUUCUCGGCUGGGAUCAAAGCUAGUCCUUGCCGGUCGAAAGGAGGAUAACUUGAAGAGGACGAGAGAUGCGUGCAUGCAGACAGGAGAUGAGGAGCCUCUUCUGGUUGUCGGAGAGCUGAGAGAUAGUUCAUACAGAGAAAACCUUGUUGAGCGGACGGUGGAGAAGUAUGGAAAGCUGGAUAUUUUGGUCAACAAUGCUGGGAUUAUAUCUCUAGGAUCUAUUGAGAACAGUACUAUGGAGAAUUACGACACUAUGAUGGAUGUUAAUGUUAGGUCCGUGUUCCAUCUAACAUCAUUAGCAGUGCCUCACCUCAUUGACACCAGAGGAAACAUAGUAAAUGUAUCCAGUGUGAAUGGGAUACGAGCAUUUGCAGGAGUUUUGAGUUACUGCAUGUCAAAGGCCGCUUUGGAUCAAUUUACAAGAUGUGCUGCACUAGAUCUGGCCCCCAAGGGAGUGAGGGUGAAUUCUGUCAACCCUGGAGUAACAAUAACUGAACUGCAGAAGAGAGGGGGCCUUAGCGAUGAAGCUUAUGCAAAUUUCUUGGAGAGGAGUAAGAUGACGCACGCCCUCGGCCGCCCAGGAGAAGCCAGUGAGAUUGCGGAGAGUAUUGCCUUCCUAGCAUCGGAUGCAUCGUCAUUCAUCACUGGAGCCACCUUGCCAGUAGAUGGCGGCAGACAUGCUAUGUGCCCAAGAUAAGAGUUACAUCUUUACGUGGUUGUAAUGAUCCAUGUCCAUUCAUCAUUCAAAUCAGUCAGCUUUUCCCCCUUUAUGAAGGGUUAUUGACUCUAAAUCCAUGACGGCACUCUCUCUUUCCACUACUUUCCGUCUUGAGCAUCCUCCUCGUUCAGACCUACCUUACUGCUUUCCUUCUUCACCAUAUCUUUCGCGGGAUCUUUUCAUGUAACCUUUGGUCUUCCGUUUCCGUCUUCCUCUCAUGCCAUCCACUGUCAUGAUUAAUUCAUUCAUGAUAUAAAGAUGUAUGUGUAACAUGUGUCUUCAGUCAUUACUGGAGCCAUCUUGCCGGUAGAUGGCGGCAGAUGUUAUUUGCUCAAGAUAAGUUAUACUAUGUGAUUAUGAAUGAUAAAUCGAUGAUAUUAAUAGAAAAUCAUGUGUCAUUCAUUCAUUUCUGGAACGGUCUUGCCAGUAGAUGGCAGCAGACAUGAUAUGUGCCAAAAAUGUGGAUAGUGUUUAUGUCAUUAUGAUUGCUCAAUUCAUGAUUUUGAUAGAAUAGGUGUCAUUAUUUGAGAGAUAUGAAAUAAAUUGAAUAAUUCAUUACUAGAACCAUCUUGCUAGUAGAUGGUAGGUAGCCUUUGUGAUAUGUGCCAAACAAGGAUUAUUUCUAUGUGAUUAUACUGAUUGAUCAAUUCAUGAUAUAAAGGUACAUGUGCCAUCAUGUAUUACUUGAGCUGCCCUACCAGUAGAUGGCAACGAACAUACGUGCCCGAGAUGAAAGCUCUAUAGACAUUUUUGUAUCAUUCAUUCAUUGUUUAUUCAUUGAAUAAUGAUCAUGAUAUGUAAAUGUAAUUGCGCACACUGUUUAUGGUGCACUGUUUUGAGUACUAAGUUCCAUAAGUGCAAGCUAUUGUCAAUGUGUUGCCAAAGGGGAAGUUUUAGAUGUUGGUGUAACUAAAUUCUUUGUGAAAUACCCCUUUGGAUGAACUCGUGAAGUGAAAUUGAAGCCAGAGUCGAAAACGGUCUAUAUUUGACAGUUGGAAAAUAACUCUUCUUUUUUUUCUUCCAAAGACAAAGCAAAAUUUGGGUUUUUUAUAUGCAUCAUAUGAUGAAUGUUAUCAUUGUAUUCAAUAUUUAUGAUAGCACUUCAUGUAAAUGUUUGUAAGUGCUGCAUAAUUACCACAGCUGUAGCAUGAUUAGUCACUGUAUUAACAGUGGCUGUAGAUAAGUUUUGAUAGUGGGGGUUGGGGCUAAUCAUGAAUUAUUUUUUGUACACUUUUAUUUUAGAAGUUGGAGAGGCCUUAAGCCCCUAGCCACCCAGCCAGCAUUUCAAGGAAAAGUCUAACCUCUUGGUACCCCAUUCACUUCACCUGGGUGGGGAGUGGUAAAUGUGUAUAAAUGCUUUGCCGGAAGGAAGCUACAUGUAGCAUUGCAGUGGGAUUUGAACCCAUCGUCACAACUGUGGUAAAUGGUGGUGAUUUUUUUUUACCUGAUUGCUACUAAAAAAGGAGGCAUAAAUGUUUGUAAGCAAGCAACCAGAGGAAUAAGUGGAAUACACAAAUAAAGAGUCCUU